GGGACCCCGGGAGGCGGGCCGCUGAGCGGGGCGCGCGGCCCCGAGGAUGCGGGAGCGGGAGCAGCACUGGCGUGGAUGCUCCCUUCACCCGGCCUUUGGGGACUCAGUUGCUUUUUGAUGGCGGCAGCCUCUGCGGGGUGAGCAGCCCGAGACUGUACAGUACUCCCGUCGGGAGAGGAUCGCUUUGUCCCGCCGUCCCCACCACCGUAGUGGUGGCGGUGCUUUUCCCUUUUUAACCUGUCCGCCACGCUCGAAGGGACAAGAAGAUGCCACUGCCAUUUGGAUUGAAACUAAAACGCACCCGGCGCUACACGGUGUCCAGCAAGAGCUGCCUGGUUGCCCGGAUCCAGCUGCUCAAUAACGAGUUUGUGGAGUUCACACUGUCUGUGGAAAGCACUGGCCAGGAGAGCCUGGAAGCUGUAGCCCAAAGACUGGAGCUUCGGGAGAUCACUUACUUCAGCCUCUGGUACCACAACAAGCAAAAUCAGCGCCGGUGGGUAGAUUUGGAAAAACCUCUCAAGAAGCAGCUGGAUAAAUAUGCCUCGGAGCCGACUGUCUAUUUCGGAGUGGUGUUUUAUGUGCCCUCAGUUUCACAGCUGCAGCAGGAGAUUACCAGGUAUCAGUAUUAUCUGCAGCUGAAGAAAGAUAUCUUGGAAGGAAACAUUCCUUGUACAUUAGAACAAGCAAUUCAGCUAGCAGGCUUAGCUGUUCAAGCUGAUUUUGGUGACUUUGAUCAGUAUGAGUCCCAGGACUUUCUUCAGAAAUUUGCCUUGUUUCCUGUGGGGUGGUUACAAGAUGAAAAAGUAUUGGAAGAAGCAACCCAAAAAGUGGCCGUACUGCAUCAGAAAUACAGAAGGCUCACCGCUCCCGAUGCGGAAAUGCUGUACAUGCAGGAGGUAGAGAGAAUGGACGGCUACGGAGAAGAGAGCUACCCCGCAAAGGAUAGCCAAGGCAGUGACAUAUCCAUCGGAGCGUGUCUUGAAGGGAUCUUCGUGAAACACAAGAACGGAAGGCCCCCCGUGAUAUUUAGGUGGCAUGAUAUUGCUAACAUGUCCCACAAUAAGUCCUUCUUUGCACUAGAGCUGGCCAAUAAAGAGGAGACCAUCCAGUUUCAAACUGAAGACAUGGAAACGGCAAAGUACGUGUGGAGACUCUGUGUUGCACGACACAAAUUCUACAGACUAAACCAGUGCAGCCUGCAAACUCAGACUGUCACAGUGAACCCAAUUAGGAGGAGGUCGUCUUCAAGGGUGUCCCUGCCCAAGCCCCAGCCCUAUGUGAUGCCUCCCCCACCCCAGCUGCAUUAUAAUGGACAUUAUACAGAACCAUACACUUCCUCCCAAGAUAACCUCUUUGCAACCAACCAGAAUGGAUACUAUUGUCACUCUCUGACGAGUUUGGAUCGAGCCCAGAUUGACCUCAAUGGCCGGAUCCGAAACGGCAGUGUAUACAGUGCACACAGCACUAACUCCCUAAACAACCCGCAGCCCUACCUGCAGCCGUCCCCCAUGUCCUCUAACCCGAGCAUCACCGGGAGUGACGUUAUGAGGCCCGACUACGUGCCGUCCCACCGGCACAGCGCCCUGAUCCCCCCGUCCUACCGCCCGACCCCAGAUUACGAGACCGUGAUGAAGCAGCUCAACAGAGGAAUGGUGCACGCCGAAAGGCAGAGCCACUCGCUGCGCAACCUCAACAUCGGCAACUCCUAUGCCUAUAGCAGGCCCGACGCGCUGGUCUACAGCCAGCCGGAAAUUCGGGAGCACGCCCACUUCGCCUCCCCGCAGUCGGCCCACUACCCGUUCAGCCUCAACUACAGUUUCCACAGCCCGUCUCCGUACCCGCACCCCGCCGAGCGGCGGCUGGUGGUGGGUGCCGUCAGCGUGCCCGAGCUGACCAACGUGCAGCUGCAGGCACAGGACUACCCGGCCCCCAACAUCAUGCGGACGCAGGUGUAUCGCCCGCCCCCGCCCUACCCGCCCCCGCGGCCGGCCAACAGCACCCCGGACCUGUCCCGCCACCUGUACAUAAGCAGCAGCAACCCCGACCUCAUCACCCGGCGCGUGCACCACUCAGUACAGACGUUCCAGGAGGCCAGCCUGCCGGUGGCGCACUCCCUACAGGAGGUCAGCGAGCCGCUCACGGCCGCCCGGCGCGCGCACCUGCACAAGAGGAACAGCAUCGAGGUGGCCGGGCUGGCGCACAGCCUCGAGGGCCUGAGGCUCAAGGAGCGCACGCUGUCCGCGUCGGCCGCCGACACGCUGCCCAGGCCCGUCUCGGCGGGCUCCCAGCCUGGUGGCUUCCCCGAAAGGGCCGAGCGGGACCCGGUGGACGAGCGGGGAGGCCUGGGCUACGGCCACAAGAAGUCUCUCUCCGACGCCACCAUGCUGAUCCACAGCAGCGAGGACGAGGAGGACCUGGAGGAGGAGAUCGCCUCGUUGGCGGUGCCCCUUCCCCAGGCCCGCGCGCCCCGGGGCCGCCACUCCCCGGAGCCGCUGCCGGAACCCUCCCGCUGGCCCUGCGGCUCCACCGCCGCGCCCGGCCCGGGCCUCCUCCACGGCCGCGAGCCUGCGCCCCCGCUCGGGGAGGCCCUCCGGCCUCGCCGAGAGGGGCUUCUCACGCCCUCUAUGUCCGAGUCCGACCUCACCACGUCGGGGCGCUACCGAGCCAGGAGGGACUCCGUGAAGCAGCGGCCGGUGUCCGAUCUCCUCUCGGGGAAGAAGAACGUGGUGGAAGGCCUUCCGCCGCUAGGGGGAAUGAAAAAGAGCCGGGUAGAUGCAAAAAAAAUUGGUCCUCUCAAAUUGGCUGCCCUAAACGGACUCUCUCUGUCUCGACUGCCUCUGCCUGAUGAAGGAAAGGAAGUGCCGGCCAGAGCCACCAAUGACGAGAGGUGUAGAAUUCUGGAACAGCGGUUAGAACAGGGAAUGGUAUUCACAGAAUAUGAAAAAAUUCUUAAAAAACGGCUAGUUGAUGGGGAGUGCUCAACAGCACGACUCCCUGAAAACGCAGAAAGAAAUCGAUUCCAAGAUGUCCUUCCCUACGACGAUGCCAGAGUGGAGCUGGUCCCAACUAAAGAAAACAAUACUGGUUACAUCAACGCGUCACAUAUUAAGGUCUCUGUCAGUGGAAUUGAGUGGGAUUAUAUUGCCACACAGGGGCCACUACAGAAUACCUGUCAGGAUUUCUGGCAGAUGGUGUGGGAACAGGGAAUCGCCAUUAUAGCAAUGGUGACAGUAGAGGAGGAGGGUGGAAGGGAGAAGAGCUUCAGGUAUUGGCCACGACUGGGUUCCCGGCACAACACCGUCACCUACGGGAGGUUUAAGAUCACGACCCGGUUCCGCACCGACUCUGGCUGCUACGCCACCACAGGCUUGAAGAUGAAGCACCUGCUCACGGGGCAGGAGAGGACAGUGUGGCAUCUCCAGUACACGGACUGGCCUGAGCACGGCUGCCCGGAGGACCUCAAGGGAUUUUUAUCAUAUCUUGAGGAGAUCCAGUCUGUUCGACGCCAUACAAACAGCACCAGUGAACCAAAAAGCCCCAACCCUCCGUUGCUGGUCCACUGCAGUGCCGGAGUGGGAAGGACUGGCGUCGUCAUCUUGUCAGAGAUCAUGAUCGCCUGUCUGGAACACAAUGAGGUGCUGGACGUCCCCCGGGUGCUGGGCAUGCUGAGACAGCAGAGGAUGGCGAUGGUGCAGACGCUGUGCCAGUACACGUUCGUGUACCGCGUGCUCGUUCAGUUCCUGAAGAGCUCGCGGCUCAUAUAAGCUCCCGCCGCUCGCGCCAGGACCGACGGUGGGACACGGUGACGGCUGACAAAAGCGCUUGCCUAACUUGUACUUCCUCGCGGCCGCCUGUGGCGCAUGGAUGACGGCGCACAGAGGGACUCAUGCAGAGCACGGGGCGGGGAAGGAGCUGAAGGACAAAAGGAUGUGGUCCCCGGGGCCUGGCCCAGCCCCGUCGGUCUGACGUGCAGCACUUGCACACUUUGUGGCAGUUGUUCCCUGGUCGAUUCUCUGUUGUACAGAAGCUGUGCCGGGCAACCCUGGCAAUCAGUAAGGCACAUCAAUUUCUAUCUUGGUAUCUUGGAAUUUUAUUUUAUGACUGAAGUAUUAGGGGUUUUCUUCCUGAGAAACUGAGCUUUCCAUGGGGAUGGUCCACAGAUGUGAUUGGUUCCUAUGUAAGUUUGUAUUUAAAACCAUGUUACUAUCUCUUGUAAUUUUUAAAAAACCUUAACAGCUUAGUUACCAAACCCAAAACUCCAAGAAGAAUCUAAAAGUGUUAUUUUGAAACAUAGAAAGCAUUUUUAUAUUCAGAAAAUUUUUUAUCCUAAAAUAUUCUGUAUAUUUGUACCUUCUCUAUUUUCCAAACAAGAGUUCAACUCACUAAGGUACUGAAAUGAGUCAGUUACUGUAAGAGAAAGUCGGGAAUGAAGGCACAUUAUUGGGAACGGAAGACAAUACUCAGAGUCACUAUUUUUUUCAGUAUUAUUUGUAAACCUAAAUGAGUUUGAUCUUAUUGGUUGCAAAUGAAGUGAAAAACAACCGCAUAGGUUGGUUUUAAGCACUUUGUUGUUAAAGACAAAUCUGAAUGUUAAUAUAUGUGAUGCUUGAUAGAUGAGACGGUAGCAGUGGGUAUCCAGAAGUGUGGGAAGAGGUAAGGGCUAAGUCACGUGGGGUGGUCAGGGCCUGAGUAAGCACGGGGUAAAUGCAAGGUGGCCAAUGCGAGAUGCCUUUGACGGAAGUGCAGUAUUAACUCUGCUCAGACUGAGAGGCCGCGGUGGAGAGUGGGGGCUUGGGGGAUGGGGGCUGAGCCCCCCAGAGGGUAGGUACCCCCGGGAAGUUCACGUCAGUGUCUGUGACUCACUCUGUUUCCUUGGAGUUCUUAUACCUAAACUUCUAUUCUUUUUUAAUAAAGUCAGGUUUAUAUUUUCAUUAAAA